CUCCUCGAGCGAUCCGCACCUCUGAUUUUGAAUUUUGUGGCCGUUAACAACCAUAUCUGCCUACACUUUAUAUAUAAAGUGUGCCGCUUGCUUAACCACUCGUACAUCAAAACCCAAGAUUUUAGUUUCUCCCCGAGAAGCAAUAAAAAGAAAAAAUGGCGGACAAGGUGAUUCUGCUGGAUCUGUUUGCUAGCAUGUUCGGAAUGAGGGCGAGAGUGGCGUUAGCGUUAAAGGGCGUGGAAUACGAGUACAGAGAGGAGGACUUGCGCAACAAAAGCCAGCUUCUGCUUGAAUCCAACCCCGUUCACAAGAAAAUCCCCGUUUUGAUUCACAACGGCAAACCCGUUUGCGAAUCCCUCAUCAUUGUUCAGUACAUCGACGAGGUGUGGAACCACAAGUCUCCUCUGCUGCCUUCUGAUCCUUACCAGAGAGCUCAAGCUAGGUUUUGGGCUGAUUACAUCGACAAAAAGCUGUAUGAUGCUGGAAGGAACAUCUGGACUUCGAAAGGGGAUGAGCAGGAAUUCAUGGAGAUUCUGAAACAGCUGGAGUCGCAGCUGGGCGAGAAGGCCUUCUUCGGCGGCGAGAGCUUGGGAUUUGUUGAUGUGGCGUUGAUCACGUAUUCCACGUGGUUCCACACCUACGAAAUGUGCGGCAACUUCAGCAUCGAAGAGCAGUGCCCCAAAGUGGUGGCGUGGGUGAAGAGGUGUUUGGAGAUAGAGGCUGUGUCCAAAUCGUUGCCGGAUCCCGACAAGAUUUACGACUUCGCUUUGGUGCUAAGGAAGGUGUUCGGCAUCGACAAGGCCUAGUUUUAGUUUAAUGGAGAAUUAAUAAAGGGCCUUCUGGUUUUACUCUGUGGUGAAACUAUAUGCCGCAAUUUUUACUGUACAACUACCUGCUUUUUGGUAGUUGAGAAAUUUGAAUUGCUGUAAAGUAGGUGGCUUUUGAGUCUUGACUACGUUAUACGUUGCAAGAUUUUCAAGUCAUCACAGCGUUGAAAUGUGCUACUUACCUAUAUGUGCAUCGCUCUACAUUUAUAAACUUCAAUUGAA